AUGAACAUGUGCUCCAAGUGCCACAAGGAGAUGAUAAUGAAGCAGGAGCAGGCCCAGCUGGCUGCCUCCUCUUUUGAUAGCAUUGUCAAUGGCGGUGAUGGUGGGAAAGGACCUGUAAUUGCUGCAACUGUAGAUGUGGCAGUUCCUCAAGUUGAGGAGAAGACUAUUGUUGUGCAGCCUAUGCAUGUAGUUGAAACCAGCGAGGCUGCUGCUGUAAUCCCGAAGGCCAAGGAAGGCCCAAACAGGUGCACAACCUGCAGGAAGCGUGUUGGGUUGACGGGAUUUAACUGCCGAUGCGGGAACAUGUACUGUUCGGUGCACCGCUACUCUGACAAACAUGACUGCCAGUUCGACUAUCGAACUGCAGCUAGGGAUGCGAUUGCCAAGGCCAAUCCUGUGGUGAAGGCGGAGAAGCUUGACAAGAUCUGA